AUGUCACAAUCUACAUCAUUGAUGGUUGAUAAGAGUGAUGGUACACCAUCAUCACCAAAGCCUUCAUCUUCAUCAUCAUUGACAAACAAUAAUAGCAAUAACAAUAAUCAGAGUUCAACAUCAUCAAAUCAAUCACCAUUAGCAAGUUCAGAGUCAGGAGGCAGUCACUGGAGAACAUCAAGUAGUAACGUUCAUAAUAGACCACCUCCUCCAUUACCACCAUACUAUGGUGGAGGUGGCAGCAACAGCAGUAACAACAAUAACAAUGGCUACAAUGGAACUGGCAUUGGCAAUAGUAACAACAACAAUAACAAUAACAACAGUGGAGUAUAUGGAUACUUGAGCGAUAAAGAUGACAUGAAUACACAGAGCCUACCACUCAAGAACAGAUUGAUGCGAUCACUCAACUUUUAUGUACUACGACCUUUCCUGAUCGGUGUCUCUGGUUCCUUUGGAUUAAGUGUUGGGUAUCUCCUGUUCGACAUUGCAUGCAAUAAGCUGAGCAAACUAAAG